AGGAGAAAAAAAAACAGGUCUUAUUAUACAGUCUAUGAAUUCAACCUUUUUUCUCUUCACUUUACUAGUUCCCCGGAUUUUAGCGGUUUUAUGAUAUUCUCUUCUCUUGGUGCCAUAUGUAAGAUAUAAUCCUGUCCUUUUCGGGGUUUUUCAAAUCUUGCAGGCAGUUUUUGUUAAAAGAUUUGUUGAAUCUGAUGACGCUUGUGAUGGUUUAAAGAUUCAUAUGAUCAAGGGAAUUAAACUGAUUUUGUUAGGUUGAGUCUAUAAGAAAUGGCAGCAGCUUCUUCAUCAACUUCAUUUUAUGGGGCAAGAUCAGACGAAGAACAACAUGUUUCUUCAAUACCUACAUCUUCUUCAACUAUUCAAUCAGCAGCAGCUCAACAGAAGAAGAAGAGAAGCCUUCCAGGAACUCCAAAUCCAGAUGCGGAGGUGAUAGCGUUGUCACCAAAGACCCUAAUGGCAACAAACCGGUUUAUAUGUGAAGUAUGCAACAAAGGGUUUCAAAGAGAACAAAACUUGCAACUACAUAGAAGAGGACACAAUCUACCAUGGAAGCUAAAGCAAAAAAGCAACAAAGAAGUGAAGAGGAAAGUGUAUCUAUGUCCAGAGCCUUCAUGCGUCCACCAUGACCCUUCUCGUGCAUUAGGAGACCUCACUGGAAUCAAGAAACACUAUUCAAGAAAACAUGGCGAGAAGAAAUACAAGUGCGAGAAGUGCUCCAAGAAAUAUGCUGUUCAAUCCGACUGGAAAGCUCACUCUAAAACUUGUGGCACCCGUGAAUAUCGAUGCGAUUGUGGCACCCUUUUCUCAAGGCGUGACAGUUUUAUCACGCAUCGGGCUUUUUGUGAUGCAUUAGCUCAAGAAAGUGCAAGGCAUCCGUCAGCUCUUGGGUCUAUUGGUAGCCAUCUUUUUGGAAGCCAUCUUAGUAAUUCGAUGAAUUUAGGUCUUUCCCAAUUACAUGAUCAAAACCACCAAUCAUCAACUACAAACAUGUUAAGCCUAGGGAAUGCAAACUUCGAGCAAGUUAUGCUUCCACCGAGUCAAACACCUCUGUUCCCUCAAUCCCAACAGCAACAAAUGGCGAAUUCAUCGUCUCCUUUCUUUUUAUCUGAUCCAAACCAAGGGUUGAACCAAGUGUUCGAUUAUGAUCAACAAAGCCAACAACAUGGGUUAAUGGGAAACAAGCCAAACAUUCAUGGGUUGAUGCAACUUCCUGAUUUACAUAGCAACAACACCAAAAUCACUCCUAAUCUUUUCAACUUAGGGUUCUUCUCAGGUAAUAGUAAUCCCACGAAUGGUUUGAAAAACAGUGAGAACGAUACCCAAAAUAACUCGAAUAUGUCAUCUUCUGGUUUCAUGCUUCCUGAUCAUCAAUUCAACACCGGAGGUGGAAGUCAUGACCACAUGUUCCUCAACAGUAAUAAUCCGCAUCAAGAAAGUCCAAUGACACCCCACAUGUCUGCUACAGCCUUGCUGCAGAAGGCAGCUCAGAUGGGUUCUACCACAAGCAACAAUAACGCAACCACACUGUUGAAAAGCUUCGGAAGCUCUUCCACGAGCACUGUUGGUGGUGAUGCGAAAACACAUACAGGUCGCCAAAGUCUAUCUGCCACCAGCUUUGAUGUUAGAGGAGACCAGUCUUUACAAUCGGAGAUGGAGAGUGAUAAUCAGCUACAAGGACUUAUGAACACUCUUAGAAGUGGUGGAGCUCCAUCUAUGUUUGAUGGGUAUGGAGGGAAUCGAAAUAGAAACAUGAAUUUUGGGAACAUGAAUGAGGCUACCAAGUUUAAUCAAAACAACUUCUCUUUAAGCGUUGGAAACUCGAAUAGAACGACUCUUGAUUUUCUAGGUGUGGGUUACUCGCAGAGAGAUCAACAACAACAACAACAACAAACACAAACACAAACACAAACACAACAACCACAGCAGCAACAACAACACCAUGGUCGUAUCAACAUCAGUUCACUGGACCCAAAAAUGGAUUCAUCGUCAACACAGGGAAGUCAUGCACAUGGUGGAUCAUCCAAACUGCAAGGAAAAUGAUUGAUUUUAGUGGGUUUUUCGUGGAAAGGAAAAUCAGAAAGUUCAAAUCAGCUGAAUUCGAGAUCUUUGAAAGUGUACGAAACUUGCUGGGAUAGUUCCAUCAGUUAUUAUUUUCAAUUAGUUAAAAUUCCAUUAAUAUAAAACAUGCUAUAUUGAACAAUUCCAUGAUAUGGAUUUGCUUUUAAUUAAA